AUGGAUGCUACGUCGGCAUGGCACUGCUCAGCAAAGAAGGAAGCGCUCUCCAUGAUGGCCCGCGUUGCGGUUGCCUUGGCCUUUUGCUUGGCCACCUGCACCCGAGGUGCAGAAAGCUGGCAAGAGCUUUCAUCUGCGUUUUUUGCGGAUGAUGACUGCGAGCAUGGCUCUGAGGAAGCGUGCGCGCUGAAUGCGCUCCAGGUGGGCCGAUGUGCUAUCGACUUCCACACAGAGGUGCGCGUCCCAAUGAUGGACAUGGUCAAGCAGUUGAAGUCGAUCACCAACGACUUGGUGGUCAAGAUCAACGAUGCUAUUGGUUCAUCCGAGCAGGAUGACUUGAGCAAGCUUGCGACUUCCACGCAGGCUGCCAACAAACUCCUGACAAGCGUAGGUCCGGGGUUCCUCAUACUGCUCAACAAGACCAACGCCAUCGCUCGGGAUCCAGGAAUUGCGGAGCAUGGGCAGCACGCAAUCAUGCAGGAGGACUCCAUGCUGGAGAUGCUGAAGUUCACGAUCGUUCACGCAGGCAUCGUCAUGAAGGAAGUUAUCUAUUCCACCGGUCACCCGAUGGAUGGCAACGUCAGCUUUGCAACCCACAUCAACUCUGAUGCGCAGGCAGCUCGGCUGUGGCUGAAGACUUCGCUCAUGACCGCCUGGGAGGGUGCCAAGGAUCAGCUGCCCCGAAUCAAGAAUCUCGUGAACGGCAGCUAUGGCUCCCCCACCGUGAUGGCAAAGCAGGCGGCGUGUGCGUCCAACACCGCCACGCAGAUCUCCAAGCUUACAACUCUGUACGCGGACAUCGUGUCGGCGGGCUCAGACUGCAAUGUUAGCGAUACAAGUCUCUUCAGCGAGGAGGAUUGCCAGUCCAGUGCCCUCAACGUCCAGUCCGGCAUUGACGCAGUGAUUGAGACAGGUGCUACCAUGAUGUGGAACUGCUACAAAAGCAGCUGGGUUUGCGCCAAAGGCAUUGCCAAGACCAGCAACCACCUCAUCAAGUCCUUCAUGUCCACGAUCGUGAUGAGGGAUGCCUGCAAGUCUAGCGACAGCAUCUCACUGGCUGUGUGCAAGAGCGAGUCCUUCCAGCUAUUGGCCAGUCUUUCGUCGGCUGCGGAGAACAUGUUC